UAAUGACGUCAUAUGUUGUUAUUACAUAAACAAUAAACAUAUAAGUACGGCGAUCAGGUCGCGCGUCGUCGCGGAGCAGCCACCGUCGUGUCGGUGUGUCGCACGCGGGUAUAAUAUAUAAUGAUGCUAAUGCGCGUAGAUGAUCGGCAGGUGGCGCGGAGGGUUGCUGCUGCCUUGCGUACGGUCUUACACGCGCGCGCGAUCCCGCUUAUAAGGGUGGGUAGCAGCCGAGGCGGGGGCGGCGUCGCGGCGCCCGUAACGAGAGUGCUCGGCAUUAUCGACCUGUACGCCAUCUGAUUUGCCGCCGCGUCGUUUCCCGACGAAACGCAGUCCGCCGCUCAUUCACGUUCGCUACGAUCCCGUGCCCGAAAAAACACAAAAAUACUCACUUACACACACACACUGACUCAUUUGCACACACACAAACACUCACUCACACAAACACACAAGCACUCACUUACACACAUACGCACAAACCCUUACUUACACACACACGUCGGACUUAAUAUUAUAUUAUCAUAAACAUAAUAUUAUAAAGUGACCGAUCAUCCUUACAAUCACUUCGCCGCCGUCAUAAAUUAUUGUUGUUGACGUUGCGAAUCGAUAUACGAGUGUCGAUUUUUCUGGUUGAUUUCGCUGCCGUCGCGUCCCUCGGUCCGCCGCCGCGCGUUGCAUGUGCGCGGACAGUCCAAUGUGGCUUUCACUGUGACCGUAGUCGCAGACUCUUCGUGGUGUACCGUCGCCGACGUGACGUUCGGGGUGCUGGAAGGACGGUAGCGAAGCCGAGAACGACGGCGACGACGACGGCAAGUUCGGGGGUGGUGCGGGCGGUGGCGGUGGUGGUGGCGACGACGACGACGACAGAGGCUGCUGCGGCGACUGUUGAUCGGUUUGACAAAUUCACCGUCAUGGACGACGUGACGUCAAAGGCCGAUUGACGACCACCGCCAGUAAGUCAUGAAACAGAAGAAGAAGAAAGACGAACCACAGCGGCCGCCGUCCAGUACAGACGAACAGCAACAGCAACAGCAGCAGCAGCUAUGCAACGGUGCAGGCGAGCCGAGACCCAAGAAAUCGGCGCUGAAACGCACGGCGACCGUCGGCGGCUCCAAGGCGGCCAAGUCCGGCAAGCACAAGCGGCACGUGCAGUUCAACGAAAGUCUGAACGUGUUCUUCGAGUCAGACUACGUGAUCGUCAUCCGGGACGACGACUGCGAGUUCGACGAGGAGGACUUUGACUUUUGGUCGCAGCAUCCGUGCAGCUGUGGCGAUGCCACGUGUUUCCAGCCAUGGCUGGACGAUGACGACGGCCGUGGUAUGCCGCCACUCGAUCCGUACGAAGAACAACCAGCCACGCUCAGUCCACCGGAUGGUUACAAGGAUGGCUGUCCCAGGCACGUUCCGCCGUCUCUGGAUCAUCUAAAAUACGCAGAUGAUGAUUUGGCUACAAGAUAUGGUUCGGAUGUGAUGGACAGCUGCAGCGAUACGCAUGUCGCUAUGCCAUAUAAUUCCAAUGUCAACUCCACGUCCUAUUUCGAGGAUAACAAUCAAAAAGCUCGUCAUGAACUUUCGUCUCUACCCCGGCCAAGUAAAGACGAACAGAAGCAGCAGCAGCAGCAGCAGCAACAACAGUCACAGCCACCGACAAACGCAUCUGCUCUUCAGUUGUCGAAAACAAACACUGUCUGUGAUACAAAUUCAAGUACGGGCCAGCAACCACGGUGUAUCGUGGAAACGAUAACCAUGACCACAGUUACCGAAAGGCAGAUCGUGCAGGAGACCAGGCCCGUGGACGUGCCCGGUCUUGACGCCGCCUCCAAGACCGAAGAUACAAAAGACGUCACCGGUGCCACUGCCGUCGCCCCCGAUGAGGGGUAUGUAAUGAUUAAAUGUGGUAAUAAUACUAUGGUGUACAACAACCGGAACCCAAACUCGGCAGUGCGACAGUUAUUUCCGACCACGAAGUUCGUAUGCCCGCCAACCCGAAUCAAAGAGACGGACGACGCGAGGCUGCUGAACAAAUACUUAAUCACGGAAGAGUCACUCCGGGCGUUCGACAGUCGAUCGAUGAACGGUGGCUUGGGCGGCGGAGGGUUCAAGAGCGAACCACACAGCGACGACGACGACGACGACACGUCGAACAGCCUUAUCAGGCGAACCAUCGAACGAAGUACUUUGAGGCGGAACACCGUGAAAAAAAAGAACGACUCCAAAGAGAUAUCGCUUAUCGAGAAGAUCCGGCGGCUGACGUGCGACAGCGACGACGAUGCAGACGACCCAACCAAGAAGGCGUCAGGCGUCAUGCAGGAACAGGCGACUGCUUACACUGUGUUGGUGCAGUGUGAUUCGGGGACGCCGUCCACGACCGCCGCUACUCCGGCGUACAAAAAACUCACAGAAUUGUUGGGCAGUGGUAGUGGUGGUGGCCGGUAUGACCAACCACUGCCACCACCAGUUGUUCAAUCGACGGCCGACGGUGACCCAAUUGGCAAAGCCGACGGACUAGACCUAUGCGACGGUCACUCGGCCGCCAGCAGCAGAGCGGCCGUCCGAUCAGCGACCGGUGGCAAACCUUUCCUGUCCACGUUAGCGACGGCGUGCGUCACAGGCAACGUACAUCCGGCCACCGGAGGAUCGGUGGCGGUAAGCACACCGCAAACAUCGCACUGUCCGCAACCAGACGUGGUAGCCGGCACUCAAGCUCCAAGCUCACACAGACAGGAAGAGCUUGCGGCGUUCGUGCAACAGGACUCGGGCCGCCUGGAGAAGAUCCGCAAGCGGUAUAUGCCACCCACGGCCACUGCGUCCGCGUCCGCGGCCGAGGACGAGGACGACGAGAACGACGAUUACGGCUUCAACCGGCGACCGGAAGUGCAUGGCAUCCGCUCCGGGUUCUCUGCACAGAUCACCAUCAAGAACAAUCCACAGCCUCCUCAACGUCCCCGGUCGUAUUAUGGUGAACCAGCCCUUCAGACGACGCCACUCGAUGUCCAGCCUGACUUUGUGCCCAGAUAUCAGGCGGCCGCGGUGGCGUCUGUCCGCGCUCGGAUCCAGGGUGACGCGCGGGCCCCUCCACCGUACCCGGCCGCGUCCCAACGGUCCAUCAUCAGAGUGACGCACGGCCAACAGCAGCAGACCAUUCGCGUGCCGUACCAGGCGGUCGGUCCCGUCCAGGUGCACCUGUUAACCACAGCUGCAGCGGCCGCGUCCACCGCCACCGGCAACGUCACCGGACACCCGCCACCGCCGCAGGUUCAAAUCCGACACCCGCCUAACGAGUACAUCGUUCAACACGGCCAUGCCAGAAUACACCAUGGCCAACAGUUUGUUAUCGCCCGUGGCACCCAGACGGCCGCGAUAUCGACCACUCGGUACUACCAGUUACCACCGCCCCCGCCACCCAACAUUCAGCAGCAGCAGUUAUCGCAACCGCAGUUACCGCCGCACGCUUUCCAACCGUCUGACGAACAUCCGGCGACACAAUUUAAACAGACAUCUCCCACCAGAGGAGUUGCAGCUAACAGUAGACUGCACAUGCAACAGCAGCAGCAGCAACAAGACUAUGUCGACCAUAACUUACCAUCGUCGGUCUCGCAGACGCCCAAAAACCCUAUGCUUUUUUACGGUAUGAAUGUCUGAAUGGUGGUGGUGUAUGGGCUCAGUAUAGCGCGUACAUGUAGUAUAAGAACCUAAUAUACAUCAUUAUGUACCUAUAUGUAUGUCUGUAUGUAUUAAUGCAUGUAUGUAUGUAUGUAUGUAUAUAUGUAUGUAUGACGUAUGUAUAACGUUUAACGGUUCUUAAAAAAGUUUUGUCAUAACAACUAGCUGCCUACAUUAAUAAAUUGUGAAUUCGUUUUCGAUGCUUUAAUACUGCAGUUGUCGCUGAGAGCCAAAAGAUUUAACCAUACAACUACAAAUUAAAUUUCAGUAUAGUUUAUGAGUAUUAUGUUAUUAUAAAUUAUAUAAUAUGUACCUACCCACCUAUUGUAAUAUACAUGUCUUCCUAUAAUAUGCAGACGAUAACGCAAUUAUAACAUCAAAUUAUUAAAAUAUAGAUUCAAAUCCGUCGUCAAAACACUAUAUCGUUUCGGUGAAAUAAAAUACAUUAACAUAAUAACAUGUGCCCAAUUGUUAAAUUGUUAUUGAUAAAAACUGUAUGAUAAAGUCCCAAUAAAAAAAUAUUUAUUAUAUACGUACGCUUAAUGUCAGCAUUUAUCGAAUUAAGUAUGAUGGUUUCAAAAAAAAAAACUCAAUACAUAUUUUAUUUUUAUUAUAUAAAAUACGUAAAAACAAUUUUCCUGCUUAAUGAAAGAAAAUAAUAUGAAUAAUAAUAUUUUAAAACAAAGGGCGAUUUUCGUGCCUACAAUUUAAACGAUAAAAAAUGAAAUUUUAUCUGUUCUAAUUUGUGUUGAAAAAUAUUGCUACGAACAAAAAUAUAAAUAAUAUAAUAUCAAAGGACUUAAUUUGUAACAAUAAGUAUAUUAAUAUAACUACAUAAUAUAUACAAUCAGGCCACAGGUCUUUUACAAUAUUUAUUUACCUACACAUUUUUUUGUUUUUUUUUUUUUUUUGUUAUAGUUAAUAAGGUUCAAAUUGUAAUAAUGUAUAAAAUAUAAUUAAUAUAAAGUAAUUCAAUAACAGACUGUGACGAAAAUUAAGGGUUGUGAAAUUGUAUUUAUAAUACGACUAUACCACUAGAAAACACGAUAAUAUUAAUCAUAUCGAAGACAUGACUAAUAGCCAAAUCCGUAUCUAAAAUAGAAAAAUAAUUUUGGAAUGUUUUAAAAUAAAAAUGCUAAACAUUAGGGAAUCGUUAAAACCCGUUUAUUGUGCUAUUUGGUUUGCUAUGAUUCAAUAUUGUACAUAGUUAUCAAAAUAUUUAACAAAAUAUUAAAGAGUAUAAAUAUAUUUAUUAUUUACGCCAUUAAUAUGUUACAUUUCAAUUUUUUUUCACUGCUAAUAAAUAUUUACAAAUUAUAAUAAAAUAUAUUUAUAGAGGUAUGUAUAUGCGGUACCUAUUAAAUAUUAAAAUUAUGCUUGACAAAGACGGAGUAUAUAAUACUACACUGUUAUGUUAUUAUUAAGAUUAAAACAUAAAAUAUUUAUAAUUUCGUUUUAACCAGUAAGAAUUGCUUGACCCCAAAACUAAAAUGUAUUAAAAUCUAUACAAAUUUGUUUGCUUAUAGUCCUUUUGUUAUUUAAAAAAUAUUUAUAUAAAAUCACAAAAUAUAGGUAAAUGUGUAUCAAAACUACAUCGUAAUUUCAAGCCAAUUAUAAAGCCAUAAUAUAUAUUUUAAUAAUAAUCGCGAUCAAAUACUUUAAUACUUCCAUAUUUUAAUUAAUGAUUUUAUAUAUAUAUAUAUAUAUAUAUAUAUAUAUAUAUAUAUAUAUAUAUUUAGUAUGCAUAUUUUUACCUAUCAUAUUUAAUAGGUAUCAAGAGUUUGUGGAAAUCAUACAUUUUUUUUUAAUUCAAUACUUUAGUAAAACGUACAUUAUUAAAUUUAUUUAUAAAAAAUUAAAAAAUUGGUUUACAAGCCAACAUAAUUAGGAAACGUUUACAAUUUUUAGAUUUUUAAUAAAUUCGAUUAUCCACUCAUACACCGAAUUUCCAUCUCAUAAUCUAUAGAACAUUUAAAUUUCAUUAAAACUAUACACAAAUUUAAACUAAUAUAAUAUAAAUUUAUUUAUUUUUAUUUAAAUUUAAUACAUAUAUGUACCGAUAUAUUAUUAUGUAUGUACUAUUAUGAUUGGUGCCAAAGCGAUGAUAAACUUAUAAAUACCAUAAAAUAUAUUGUAUUAAAAACAUAUAUAAAAUAAAAUAUUUUGUUGUUUAAAAUCAUUUUAAAUGGUAGGCUGUUUAUUAUAAUUAUGUUAAACUUUAGUAAGAAAUACUAGACCGUCGUUAAUACUGAUAACUUAGGCCUAAAGUGGAAUUAAUUAAAAAAUAUAUUGUCUGUGAAUUUUAUUAUUAUUAUUUUUUAUUUUAAGAAAAUAUAAUGUUGUUGUUGAAAUAAAUGUGUAUAAAUGAUUAGUUUGUGUUAACUCAUUUUAAAUAAUAUAUAAUAAAA